CGCGGACCCAAGCAUGAGUGGUCCGACUUUUCAGCUUUCAUCAAUUGCUCUCAUCUUCCUCUUAAUUAAAAAAAAACUUUCAACGAGAGAGGGUAAAGAAAGCGGAACGAAAAAGACCCAUCUGGGGAUAACGGAGGCGGCCCACACAUCUAAUGACAACGGCGGGGCUGGUGGCGUCGGUGUGGAAGAUGGUAGCUGCGGCCUGCGGCGAGCAAGCAUGGGGCUGAGGUGGCCGAGAAAGCAAGCGCCUGAAACCACAUGUGGCCGACGAUUGUGCUCUUGGACGGCGGGCCAUGGGGCGGCAGCAGACGGCGGCAGAUGGCGGGCUAUGGGGCGGCGGUGGCAAGGGCGUGCGGCUGCAGGCGGGUGGAUGUAUGUAGGUGUGAGAAUGGAGGCUAGGGUUAGGAGAAAAGAGUUGAAGCUUAGGGUUUUAUAGAUAUAACCUAAAGGGUAUAUUUGUCCACCUAAAUUAUUUAUUUAUUUAUUACGAAUUUUAUUUAAAUUUUAUUAAUUUUAAUAUUAUUUUGGUAAAAAAACUAGUUAGGUCAUAGAUUGGGAAAGUGAAGAAGUUUUAAUCAUACCUAGGGUAAUUAUUUCUAUAAUUUUCUCAUUUUUCUUUUUCUG